UCCAGUCCUGGAGGCUCGAUCCGGUUCGGCAGCGCCACCUGCAGGAGUCUCUGUUCCCCCGGCGUCAGGCGCCAAGAGCGAGCAGAGGGUGGGGAUCGGGGAGUGUGACAAUGAACAAUCUGAAAGAUGUAAUCCACAGAGCUCAUCAGAUUGAUAAGCUUAUUUCAGGAAACAGUAUCCAGGAGAUAAAAUUACUUUUGCAUGGUUUUGAGGGUAUUCCGGUCACCCCUGAAGUUCUGCAAAAUACUGACCUCGUCAGAGCUGUAUACAGAGUUUUAAAGACUUGUUCUGAUGCAGAUACCAGGAAGAAGGCCCGGAAUCUGUUGUCUGCAUGGAAGAAGCUUUACAGGAGCAGUGGCUUCCAGGAAAAGUGUCCAGAAGACAGACACUGUGCUUCCAGCAAAGAAAAGAGUGAGAAGACAGAUAAAAUUAAUGAGGGGACAUUAAAGUCUGAGCUGGGUGCAACUGAUUCUGUGAGUGGAAAGCCUGAACAGCAACCUGAAGACAACCAGGUCAUGACGGGAACUGAACUCAGCCACAGUCACCCCACAACAGAGAUGCUUCCAGAAACACACAAUGAAAAACAAUUUUCAUCAGGCCCAGAUUCAGUAAUUGGCUGUACUGCAGCUCCAAUCAAGCAGCCUACAUUUAUUCUCCAGGCUGUGCGGGCUAAGUGCAUAGAGCUUCUAUUCCAAGCACUAGUUGGUUCAGAAACAGCUGACGCCAGAGUGGUUGAAAUGUGGCAGAGUAUUGCCAACAAAGUGGAGCAAUUUAUAUAUACAUUGCACAUGAAGAAUGAUAAAAGGUACAAAGCUUGCAUUCGAAGCAGGAUUGCAAAUUUAAAGAACCCCAAAAAUCCCCAUUUAAGACAAAAGAUGUUAUCAGGGGAAGUAACUCCUCAAAUGUUUGCAGAGAUGUCUGUGAUGGACAUGGCAAGUGAUGAGCUGAAACAGCUAAGAGCAUCAUACACAAGCUCUGGAGUUCAGGAGCAUCAGCUACCUCAUGGGCUGGAAGGAACAAAGACCAACAAGAUUAGAUGUAAACGGUGUGAGAAAUUUAACUGUACUGUGACAGCAAUUGCCAGAGGCACACUUUUUCUUCCAGGUUGGGUGUGCAACAGAAACUCUGAUGAACAGACGAUGACUUUUGUCAUUUGCAACGAAUGCGGAGAAAAAUGGUAUAACAGUGGCUGGAUUUCUAUUUAGAUAUGGCAUAAGAUCUGAGGGGGAUUUGACUUAUUUAUUUUCUAACAGCUAGUGACUAUAUGUGUCUGUCAACAGCUAUGCAUCAGAUAUUAAAU